GCUUCAUCCAUCAAGCAGCCAUGGCGCCGGUGCCAUCAACCCCGCGGCGGCGACCUCAGAGUCGGCCCAAGGCUCGUUCAAGGGCCGGAGGUUCUGCGACCACCUCCCGCGGCAAGAGACACGCCUCAGGCGCCCCGGCAACCGAGCCACCCUUGAAGAAGAGACGAUACGUGCCUGGUGGGCCCGGCGGUGGCGGACGUUUUAUUGAUGAAGAUGGUGUCGAAACCCCGGCCGAGCCAUCGGGCUCCGCAUCAAGAAUACGAACAUCCGCCGCCCGUGCCUCCCCAAGCGUUUUCCCGAAACGAGAGCGAAGUACAAGGAUACGGACCGCCGUGAACCGCGAUAAACUCGACGAUAUGCAAUACAGUUCGGCUGCCGCCGUGGUGGCGGCCGUUGUUCAGAGCGAAGGCUACAAGCCCCGAGAGGAGCGUGGGUGGGAAGAGUUUCACCCAAACCUGGAUAUUGAAGGGACAUUUAUGAUCUUUCAAGCCGACGAAGUAGACGGUAUCUUGAGGGAGGCACCUCAUACACCUGUCGUCCAACAACAACCACAACAACCACAACAACAUCAACUAGGUGGCCAAGAUAAUGGCGCCACUACUCCUACGAAGAGCGCCAUCAACAACAUGGUGUCAACGGACGCACCCAAUGCAGCAACACCUAGUGGGCAGGAUAGGCCUCUACUUGCUGGUUCGGUCACAGAUACACCUAGUAGGCGUAGACCACUACGACCAACGAGAGAAUCGUCUUCUAUCUAUGCAAACCGUCCGCUGGACUUUGGUAUCACACCAAAAACACCCAAAGUUCUUCCGAUCCACAACCAGACGCCAAAAGAGCGUUUGGACCUCAAGCAGCCAUCAUACCGAAAAACUGACCGAAUAGCCCUAUUCGAGAGCAAGACUUUUGGGCAAGCACGCUAUGUCGACAAAUCCAUGUCCAAUGUGGGCUAUCAGGAGAGCGACAACUUCAUUCGGCCGGAUCAGAAACUCAUCAAGGCCACGGAUGCGAACGUCGAGGAAGACAUCGAUCCUUCGACCAUGACACAAGCAAAUAGUGAUUCUGCACACAAUUCGGCGGGGGCUGUGGGCAGGGUCGAAUAUGACAUGGAUGAGCAAGAUGAUAUGUGGCUUGAGACACUCAACAGGCGCCGCAAGGACUCCAACCUCGACACUAUAACCCGCGAAAUAUUCGAAAUCACAAUAACAAAGAUCGAGAAGGAGUGGCAUGCGCUAGAGAAGAGGAUACCAAAGCCAAACCCGAAACCACCACAGACUCAUAGGCCCAGGUCGAGCUCAGCAGCGGCAGUCAACGGCGAACCGCAGACCGGCGAGGAGCAGGAUAGCAAGUGCGCCAUUUGCGAUGAUGGGGAUUGCGAAAACACCAAUGCCAUUGUCUUUUGCGAUGGCUGCGAUCUUGCAGUACACCAAGAGUGCUACGGUGUACCUUUUAUUCCAGAGGGCCAGUGGCUAUGUCGAAAAUGCCAGCUUAUUGGGCGUGGUGUCCCAACCUGCAUCUUCUGUCCAAAUACCGACGGUGCAUUCAAGCAGACAAACUCGUCAAAAUGGGCACAUCUCCUGUGUGCCAUGUGGAUUCCAGAAGUGUCACUUGGGAAUCACACCUUCAUGGAGCCGGUGAUGGAAGUGGAAAAGGUCCCCAAGAACAGGUGGAAACUCGUGUGCUACAUUUGCAAUCAGAAGAUGGGAGCCUGCAUCCAGUGCUCUAACAAAAACUGCUUUCAGGCUUUCCACGUCACAUGCGCUAGACGAAGUCGGCUAUAUCUGAAGAUGAAGAACAGCCAGGGUGCUCUUGCAGUGUUGGAAGGCGGUCUGCCACUCAAAGCAUACUGCGACAAACACUGUCCGCAGGACUACGCGAAGGAGAACGAUGUUGUUCAGGCGACAAAAGAUGCUAAGCGCUUUUAUAAACGCGCCAUGAAGGGCCGCAUCUGGGCUGAUAGUCAAGCUUCAGCCCUGCAACUGGCAGCUACCCACCGGCACGCCAUUACCGAGCACCCUCCUGACGAAUCCCAGAUGACGGGAGCCAAGGUUUCUGCUGUCCUAGGGGAAACCAAGAACGGCCAUCCAGGAAAGCCUAUAUGGAAGCUGCCAUCGGGAGCGCCCAUCAUCCCACAGGCUGUCUACGAUCUGGUGGAAAGCGCCCUAGCACGCUUCCCUAUCCUGAAGAGGAAGGACUUUGUUGCCGAAGCAUGUCGUUAUUGGACUCUCAAGCGUGAAGCCCGUAGGGGUGCUGCUCUUCUGAAACGUCUCCAGCUCCAGAUGGAGACAUUCUCAUCCAUGGAGUUGACGAGGCGGAACUUCGCAGCUAUGGGACCAUCGGGCAAGACACGGUUGGCUAGAAGAAUUGAGUUUGCGCGAACAUUAUUGAAAGACCUUGAACACCUCAAGGCCUUGUCAGAAGAGAUCGUGCAGCGCGAGGCUAGCAAGCUUGAAGCUGCCGAGAUGGAACGCGAUUUCGUGGACAGCUGCUAUUUCCCAGUCUAUGAGAUGCUGAUACCGGCUCUCCAGAAGGCCAUCCAGUCAGAUAGGGACGUCUUUGCGAAGGGCUUGUCCGAGUUGCAGGACAAAAUGGAGAAGCGCUACUACACGACAACCUUGCAGUUCACCCACGAUCUCUGCCAAGUCAUUAGUGCCGAGAUCAACUCUGCAAUGAACCCGCAUGCUGGUUUAGACCAAAUUGUCGAACCAUCGUAUGCUUCACCGACGAAACCCGGCGCCAAUGCUGAAGUGAAGAAAUGCAAGCAGAUGGGCAAGAGGAUAUUAAGGCAAGUUCAGCCAUAUCUCGAAGCAGCAUUGCAAGCAGAGGCGGAUAUCUGCAGCAAACCCUACGAUGCUCUCCAUCAAGAACUAGAAGGCAUGCUCGAUGCAAGCCUGGAAGUCAGGCAACCCACAAUCACUGUGUCCAGCCAUGACGGUGUCGCGGCUGAGGACGUUGAUAUGGCUGAUGCUCCAGAAGAGGGCGGCCAGAUCAUCGUCGCCGAUCAGAGCGACGGCGAAGCAGAUGGGGAGGGUGACGAAGACGGGGACGGUAAAGCGGACGCUAACGUUAAUUCCAACGGUGAACCGGAUGAGAUGAACGUCGAUACCUCCCAACAGAAGGCGGGUGUGGGCAGCAUAGAGGUAAACACAUUAGAGGUCGACGCUGCACCAAAAUCUAAUAACACACUAUCAACAAGCCAGUCAGUCGCUGGCGAAGAAGAGAAGGAAAAUCACAAGGAAGACUCCCAACAGCUUCAGCUGCCUGAUGGACCCACCAAAGACUCCGGCACUCCACCCUCUUUACCCGGCGAAGGUCCCGACCGCGCCAAUGUUCCCCAGCUAUCGCACCCUCAACAGUCUGGGCCUCUCACACCACCUCAGUCGAAUGGAAGCUUCGGCCGUGACCCGACCACCAACAUCCUCACAGAGGGUGGCGUGCCCACCUACCUCCACGGCUUCCAGAUCGAAGGUACAUCAGUCAUCGAAGAACAGUGGCCUGGCAGAGAGGCGGUGCGAAGUCUAAGUGAGGAAUUGACGGAUAUGGACGAUGAGGCCCUCAAGGACCUUGAGUUUGAUGAUGUUGCUGCCGCUGUUGUUACUGCUGCUGUUGCGAAUGCUACUGCCACAUUAUCAGCGCCGCCAGUAACGAGGAGAAGAGAGAGGGCAAACCCAGCGAUGGCUAGGAAAGGUGUUAGAUCGAGUGCCAGGAGGAGGUGA